AUGGAUUAUUUUCAAAAUAGGCUUUUAGAAUACUUUGGUGAAUUAUUUCCCUCAUCUGAAUGUGGUAAUUGUCGACCAGUAUAUAAAACAUCAUCUAUUGAUUGUACACGAAUGUCAAUUGAAAUUCUAAAAUUAGUUUCGGAUUUAAAUCAAACAAACUCAACAUUACCUUAUAUUAUUGAUAUAUUACGUGGAGUUGAUAAUAAAACAAUUCGAAAUACUGGUCAUUAUUGUUUACGUGGAUUUAAUUCAUGUCAUCAAUUAACUCGACUUGAUCUUGAACGACUUAUUUCUCAUCUUAUAAUUGAUGGUUAUCUCAAACAAGAAUGUAUUGAUAAACAACCAUCUUUGAUCAUAGCUUAUCUACGUCCGGGUGUUAAUGCUGUUCAGUUAACUUCUUCAAAUUCACAACAAUCUGGAAAUACAACAAAAAUUCAAACUGAAUGA